AUGCAGUCUAAUCCUACAAAUUUCAAAGAGUUUUCAUCUUAUCUUCGCUCCUCCUCUCUCCAUCUGGAUAUCCUUUGCUUGCAAGAGGUAUCUCAUUUCCGCUCUCAAUCUACUCUCACUGAAUCUCAAGUCCGUUCCUUUUCUUUUGCUUUUCCUAAUUGUUCUCUCGUUGUGUCCAAGCACUGUGCUAUUAUAUGUCUCAAUUCUCGUUAUUCUUUGGUGGAUACGGAGGUAUUGUUGGAUGAACGUUGUCUUGUUGCAUCUGUCGUAGAUGCCUCAAGCAAUGUUUUGUGCAAAGUGGCCAACAUCUAUGGUCCAGCGCAGUCUUUUGACCGUCCUUCAUUUAUCUCUGAUUUUCUCUCUCUUUCUGUUUGGUCUGAUGUGUUCAACACACCUUGGAUGGUUAUGGGUGAUUUCAACAUUCACUUGCAUUCUUUGUCUACUUCUCGUCAAGCCGAUGUCGCUCCUUUUGUUCACUGGUUGCGUACUCACUUUGUCAAUUGUCAUCCGGAUGGUUUAGCUACGUUUCCAAAGAGCAAUACUUGUAUUGAUUACAUCUUUGGUCACUCUUCUCUUGCUCCUCGUUUGACUAAUAGUCAGUUACUGUAUAUGCCUAGUAGGUGGACGGAUCACUCUCUUGUGACUGUUGAAAUGUUGCCUGCGACAGCUAGUAUUGGUCCUGGUAGUUGGCGGUUCAAUCCAACUCUGCUUGAUGAUAAGGAAUUUGUUGCGUUGUUGAAUGCCACGGUGUCAUUGUUCUUCUCUGGUGCUGUUGGUGGUGGGUCUAAGGGUGUCAAUACUAGUCAAGGUGGUAGUGGUGACUCUGAAAGCACGGUGGCUAGAUGGGAAUCCUUCAAGUUGUUACUAAAGUGCUGUGCACAAAAGUACACUAGAAGCAUGAAAGCACGAUUCAAGAACAAAGUUUUUACGCUUCAACUGGAACGUAUUAGGGCUCUGUCAACGUCUGUAUCAGGCGUUGAGACUAGGAAUGCUAUUUAUCAAACUGACAGAGUGUCUACUGCUACAGGUGAUGCUGAGCAGCAGGUCAGGCAACUAGAAGUUUUGAUUGAGAAUCAGAUACAGAAAGAGACUAGUCAGAAUAUGCUUCGCUCUGCCACUCGUUGGUUAGAACAAGGAGAACGUAGCAACAAGUAUUUCUAUCGUUCGAUCAAGGUGCGAGAGUCUCAACAGACAAUUCAAUCCUUAAAGUGCUCUACUACUGGAGAUAUCUUGGUGGAAGCAGCAGCUAUCAACAGGGAGGCACAAGGUUUUUACCAAAGGCUAUAUACCCCUGAUGCUGUCGAUGCUGAAGCUAUCGAUACUCUCCUGGGGAAUGUUCCAACUGAUGUACGUCUAUCAUCUUUGGAUGGUGAUAUGCUAAUGGAACUUCCAACUCGCGAUGUUUUGUUGUCUCUGCUCACUCAUGCUCCCAAGUCUAAAAGUCCUGGUCUUGGCGGUUUGCCUUUUGAAUUGUAUCAAUAUCUUGCUGGUGUUUCUACUGAUUUUCUUGACUUGCUUGUGGAUGUGUUGGGUGCAGCUUUUUCUGGUGUGUUUCCUCCUUCGUGGCAACAAACUCGCAUGGUCUUAUUGUUCAAGAAGGGUGACCCUCAGUUGUUGGUUAACUGGAGACCUUUGUCCUUAAUUAACAGUGAUGCCAAGUUAUUUACAAAGCUCAUUGCUAAUCGUAUGAACAAAGUGUUGCCAAAGUUAAUCAACCCUUAUCAAACUGGUUUUCUCCCUCAUCGUCUGAUCUCUGACAAUGGCUGGUUAAAUCAGUUGUUGAUGUCUCACUUGCGUGUUGUUGCUCCUGAUUUACCUCAAGUUGCUGUUUUGUUGGAUCAAGAGAAGGCGUAUGAUCGGGUUCAUCCUGAAUAUCUUUGUCGUGUGUUGCUCCGGUUUGGUUUUCCUGGUGAUCCUCUCUCUCCAUUGUUGUUCAAUCUGGCAUUUGAGCCUUUGCUUCGUUCUCUUCUUGCUUGUCCUGGUCUUUCUGGUGUUACUCUGUCUCCUGUUGAUAUCCCACGUAAAUGGAAGCCUUUACCGGUCGAAGUUCGUGUGGAUCAUGGUACUGGUGCCCGGAAUUGGACUUUGGACUUUGCUAGUGGCUCUGUUGCUCCUCCUCCUGUCAAGAUUCUGAGCUAUGCGGAUGAUCUUGAGGUGUUUUUGUCUUCGCCAGAGGAGUGGUCUGUGCUGUUGUCUGUUCUUGAUCUGUAUGGCCGAGCAUCUAAUGCGAAAGUCAAUAUCAGCAAGACAGUGUUGGUGUCGUUGUCUGGUGUGUCUCACUCUGCUUGGGUUGCUUUGGCUGAUUCUACUGGUCUCCAGUGGCAUGACGCUCACUCUCGUGGUGCAGUACGUUACUUGGGUUAUCCCUUGUAUCAUACUGAAAGUCAACUUCAAGACUAUCUUGAUGGUGUCUUGGUGAAGGUCCAGCGACACAGUAACUUGUUGAAACAAAGGAAUCUCUCCAUUAGGGGAGCAGGACUAGUGGCUAACUCGUUACUGUUGUCAAAGGUAUAUCAUUUGUUGCGUGUUGUUCCUGGUGGUGCUACUACUGCGUCGUGGUUGAAGUCUCUCACUACGGUGGUCCGUGAGUAUCUGAUGUCCUUUCGCCCUGGUGUUGCUUGGUCUACUUUGUGUCUCCCCCGCAAGUUUGGUGGUGUUGGUCUCGUGGAUAUAGCAGAUCAAAGCUUAGCUUUGCAUCUUGUCUAUUUGCAACGUUUGUUGCGUCCACCCUCUCCCAGUGAUUUUGUCUCCUCUUGGUUGGUGUAUGCUUUUCAAGUUUACACUGGUCAUAAGUCCAUCUUGCCGUGGUUUUGUUUUCCUGGUCUUUACCAGUCUCGUGUGUCUUCUGUGCCUGCUCUAACACAUCUUGGAAAGCUUCUGUUGAGAUUGCCAAAGCUAGUUCCUUCCUCUGGUUGGUCUGCUAGGUGGUUUCUUGAUCUUCCCUUGUGUUCUGUACUCAGUACUGUGCCUUCUGUUCGUCCUCCUCGUGAUCCAUCAUCUCUUGAUCCUCGUUUUUUGGUGUCGGAUGUCUCUUUCUGGCAACCUGAUUUAGGUAUAGUUGAUGGUGUCACCUCUCAUCUUGCUUGGUCAUCUCGUGUUUUGCGCCCUGUUUUUCUUGCCUUGAACCGUGAUCGUGGUCCUGUCUCUCUGGUAUUCCCGCCUGUCAUGGAUAGUAAGAUAGUCUUGUCCCAAGCAGACUAUUUUGCUAUGCCCCGUUCUGAUGGUGCUACCUCUUGGAUGCCAGAUUGUACUCAUUGGACUGUCUCCAACUCGUCUCGUUCUGCUGCUCCGGUUGCUCGUCUCUCUCUUGGUGCUUUGCGAAGGUAUUGGCACCCUGCAAAGGGUACCAUUACCUCUCGUAUGGGUCCUCCCUUGAAGUUGCCUGCUCAUUUGUUGCUGUCUCCUGCUUUGUGGCGUACUUUCUGGUCCCUGGAAAUGCCUGCAAAGGCUUUCACACCUUGGUGGCGAUUGCUACAUGACCGUGUUCCGCACCGUUCGUGGUGCCAUAAGAUUAUGCCUACAAAAGUUCUGUCUCCUGCUUGUGCUCUUUGCGGUUUCUCUACAGAGGACCUUUACCAUUUCGUGGUGGGUUGCCAUGUCAAGUCAUUUUUCUGGCAGGAUGUAGUCUCUUUGUUGUCACUUCAAGAGCUACUCCCCUCUGCUUCUUCUAUUUGGUUGGCGCUGACUACCUUUUGUAGUGGUUCGGAUUUGUUGGUGAUCGAUGAGGAUGUUCUGAUUGCUCUUGGUGCUGCUUACAGUACACUUUGGAAGUAUCAUUGGCGAUGCGUCAUAGACGAGGAGCCUUGGAUAGCUUCUGCUGCUAUCAACAUGGUCCGUCAAGACCAUGGUAUACUCUUUUCUUCUCUUUCUUUGGCAAGUGUUCAAGCUGGCACCUUGGCCUUGCCUGUAAACUCUGUAUAG